AAAUCUACAAAAAAUUUAUAAAAAAUGUCUGCUGCCAAAAAAGUGGCCGAAGCGGAGGAACUAGUUAGACAGGCAGAGAAAAGUCUAAAAACAUCGCUCUUGAAAUGGGUACCUGACUAUGACAGUGCAGCUGAUGAGUAUUCCAAAGCUGCUACUGCAUUCCGAAUAGCAAAAAAUUUUGAUAAAAGCAAGGUUUAUCAAUUGAAGGCCAUUGAGUGUUACAAAAACAACAAAUCUUGGUUCCAUGCCGCAAAAUGUUACGAGCAGAUUGUUUUGCUAUCAAAAGAUACAGACAAAUUAUUGGAGAUUGAAGAAUACGUGAACAAAGCUUGUAGCUUAUACCAACAACAUGGUUCGCCGGAAGCAGCCGCAUCCGCUUUGGAUAAAGCUGCCAAAUUAACUGAACAAAAGCAUCCUGAGAUGGCUCUACGAUUCUACCAGCAUGCUAUAGAAGUAAUAAUGAUUGACGACUCCAUCCGUCAGGCAACUGAAUAUUCAUCCAAAGUGUCACGAAUACUAGUCAAAUUAAGGAGAUACGAUGAAGCAGCAAAAGCAAUUCUGAAAGAGAUGGAUCUAUAUCAGCAAACGGAAUCCUAUGGCCAAAUCGGGCGCUUGGUUGUGGCUUUGGUGCUGGUUCAAUUAGCCCGUGGCGAUUCAGUGGAAGCAGAAAAGGCAUUCAAGGAAUGGGGAAGUUGUUGCGAGCCCGAAGAGGUGUCUACACUGCAAACACUUUUAAAUGCAUUUGAUGAAGAAGAUGCUGAAAUGGCGUCCAGAAUGUUGGCAACUCCAUUUAUCAGACAUAUGGAUGUGGAGUACGCGAUUUUAGCUAAAAAUAUUCCAUUACCAGAAGGUAUGCAGCUGGAGAAGAAAUCCGAAGAUAAUGCUGGCAUUGCAACCAACGAAGACGAGGACGAAGGAAUAUGCUAAUUUUGUUAAAGGUUUACAGCUUUCUUCCCUAGAAAAUCAUAAUUAUAGUUAAUCUGCAAGCUAAUACCCCCCUUAAAAUAAUUGUUAAAUAAAAUAUUCAUCACAA